AUGGAGCUUCCGUUGCGGAUUUCGCUGCGGGGCUUCUCUUUGACCACGGUGGAGCUGCACUUAGAGCUGGAGAAUCGCUCCAGCAAGCCGGUGGCUCUUCCAUUGGGUCUCUUCACCGUGGGCACCUGCGGCAGCACGGCGCUGGCUGCGGGGCUGCAGAGCGUGGAGGGCGAUGAGUGGCGCUCGGCCAAGGUGCUGCGCCCCAGGAACUAUCCGCAGCAGCCCAUGGCCAUCUUCCUUCCGCCCUGGCAAGCGGUGAAGAUGCCCAUCCAUGGUAAGGUGAUGGACGACACUGGUCGCUUCGGGGGCUCAGCGCUCUGCGUGGGCGGGGAGUGCCCGAAGGCAUCGGAGGUGCUGCUGCCACUCGAGGCGUCGAGGCAGCGGAUUCGCUUUUGCGUGGAGGGCUGCACGCCGGCGCGGCCGGCGUGGGUGGGGCCCUACGAGCCGAAAGUUGUGCCGAAGACUUGGGAGGGCCGCUGGGUGUCGGAGCCCUGCGACCUGCUGCCGGAGCAGGCGCCAAAGAUCCAGGCCCGGACCCAGGCCCUGCAGCACUGCCUUGCACCAGAGCUGCCGGUGCCCAGGCACCACGAGGUGAAAGAGACGCCACAAGAAGUGGCAAAACCGGCCUCCAGAGGGUUCAGAUCCAGACGAUUUCGGCCAAGCGCUGGUGGCUUCAACCCCAAGAUGGAGACUCCGGCGCUGCUUGACGACUCCACGCGGCCCAAUAGCGAGGAGGGGACGGCCGCCGUUUUGGCCGCGCCGGCUGCGCUGGCGGAUGAAGAGGAGGCAGUGACAGUUGUCUCAAGGGAGGAACCUGAGAAGCGCAAGAAGCAGACGCUGCCAAGCUUGACCGUCCUUCAACACGGCACCACGUGGCGCAAGCUUUCUCGCAAGUUGGACGUCUUUGCAGACCCGAUCCUGUUGGAGCUGGCUGAAGGUGCCGCAUCCUUAUCUCCACCUCCAUCUGCCUUGGCUUUGGUAAGCGACUGCUUUCAGAGCCGUAUGGGCCAGCGAUUUGCUGAUGCCUUACGCUGUGUGGGCUACAAGGUGCUACUGGGCGAAAACCCACUGACCUCUUGGGCUGCCGCACGGGAGGACUCGAACAGCUUGGAAGGCAUCGUGCUUUUGGCCCACUGGCGGCGUCUCGGCUCGGCCAGCGUGGUGCAGCAGGUCCUCCGAGGCGCAGUGGUCCUCUGCGACCACCAGGACGAAGCGGCCGCCAGGGCGCAGGCGAAGCUCCUGCCCUGCCGCUGGCGGGUCAUGUCCUCGGUGAUCUUCGCCCUCAACGACGACGAGCUUGAGAUCCAGCGGCGCCUGGUAAGGAUCAAGGAUGGCUCCCAGCUCUUCUACCAGGCGAUCAAGCCCAAGCACAAGGAGGCUCCGAAGCCUUGCCCGCCCACCUUUGUUGCCGGUGGAUCCCUGGGCGGCGGCCUGGCGUGCUGCCUCUGUCUGCAGCGGCCCAGCUUCUUCCGAGGUGCCAUCCUCAUGUGCCCCAUGCUUACGGUCAGCGAUGAUGUGAAGCCGCCGUGGCUGGUGCAGCAGGUUUUCAAGCGGAUCAUCGCCCCGUUGCUUCCAACAUGGCCGAUCACGCCCGUCAAGGCCUUGGAGGACAACGACUUCCGGGAAGUGGGCCAGGGCCGGCAGCUGAUGGACAACAACGUCAUCAACAUGAAGGGCUUAAGCCCGUGGCUCGGAACAGGCCUGGCACUGGGCUUCACCUACCCCGAUUGGCUGGACGAGCAGCUGUCAUCCAUGCGCACGGCCUUCCUCCUGCAACACGGGACCAGUGACAAGGUCACCGAUCCGGCGACAUCGAAGAAGCUCCAAGAAACCGCAGCUGUCAAGGACAAGACACUUUUGCUCUAUGACGGCGUGUGGCACGGCGAGCUGAUGUGCUGCACUCCGGGCUGCACAGAGCACAUCCAGUGGACACCGGAGCAAAUAGAGGCGACUAACAAGUGCGUGAACGACGCUCAAGCCUGGAUGUCGGAAAGGCUGCACUGAGCGCAUUUGCAGCCGCGUCGCUGGCUUCGAAGAAGCCAAAUGUCGAAAUAAGCAGGCCACUGGUGCCCCAU